AUGGUGGAUAUUAUUUUUCAUUAUCCUUUUCUGGGUGCUAUGGGGGAUCAUUCCAAGAAGAAGCCCGGGACGGCCAUGUGCGUGGGCUGCGGGAGUCAGAUCCACGACCAGUUUAUCCUGCGGGUGUCGCCCGACCUCGAGUGGCACGCCGCCUGCCUCAAGUGCGCCGAGUGCAGCCAGUACCUGGACGAGACGUGCACGUGCUUCGUGAGAGACGGGAAGACCUACUGCAAGCGGGACUACAUCAGGCUGUUCGGCAUCAAGUGCGCCAAGUGUCAGGUGGGCUUUAGCAGCAGCGACCUGGUGAUGCGGGCGCGGGACAGCGUGUACCACAUCGAGUGCUUUCGCUGCUCCGUGUGCAGCCGCCAGCUACUUCCCGGCGACGAGUUCUCGCUGCGGGAGCACGAGCUGCUCUGUCGCGCGGAUCACGGCCUCCUGCUCGAGCGCGCCGCGGCCGGCAGCCCGCGCAGCCCCGGCCCGCUGCCCGGCGCCCGCGGCCUGCAUCUGCCAGACCCCGGCUCGGGCCGGCAGCCCCCGCUGCGUCCGCAUGUGCACAAGCAGACCGAGAAGACGACCCGCGUGCGGACCGUACUCAACGAGAAGCAGCUGCACACUCUGCGGACGUGUUACGCGGCCAACCCGCGGCCCGACGCACUCAUGAAGGAGCAGCUGGUGGAGAUGACCGGCCUGAGCCCGCGGGUCAUCCGCGUUUGGUUCCAGAACAAGCGCUGCAAGGACAAGAAGAAAUCCAUCCUCAUGAAGCAGCUGCAGCAGCAGCAGCACAACGAUAAGACGAGCCUCCAGGGACUGACCGGAACGCCCCUGGUGGCAGGCAGCCCCAUCCGCCACGAGAGCGCUGUGCAGGGCAGCGCGGUGGAGGUGCAGACGUACCAGCCUCCGUGGAAAGCGCUCAGCGAGUUCGCCCUCCAAAGUGACUUGGACCAACCCGCCUUCCAGCAGCUGGUCUCCUUCUCCGAGUCCGGCUCCUUGGGUAACUCCUCUGGCAGCGACGUGACCUCCCUGUCCUCGCAGCUACCGGACACCCCCAACAGCAUGGUGCCGAGUCCCGUGGAGACGUGAGGGGGACCCCUCCCCGCCAUCCCGAGGACCUCG